AUGAAGGAACAGUGUAUGAGGACUGGUGAGAGUUUCCUAUUGGUCUUUUCAGGCACCAAUAGAGGCAGUUUCGAAGAAACCUAUAAAUUCCAAAGACAGAUUCUCCUCAGAGUAAAGGACCAUGGUGAGUUUCCAAUGAUUUUUAUGGGUAAUAAAGCAGCUCUGGAUAAUCAAAGACAGGAAACACAGGAAAAACAGCAUUUAGCACAGCAAUGUAAGGUAAUAUACAUGGAGGUAUCAGCAAAGAUUAGGAUGAAUGCAGAUCAAGCUUUCUAUGAACAUGUCUGGGUUAUAAGGAAAUUUCAAGAGCAGAAAUGUCUUCUUUCACCAGAACCAACAUGGGAAGAAAAAGACAAGAAGGGCUGA